AUGUUGGAUCUCAACGCUAACCCAACCACCAGUUACAAUGCCGAGCUCAAGAUAUGGUCAGGCGCGCGGGAGCAGAGCUACUACAAUGACGAUCUGACCAUAGGUCAAAUCAUAUUCCGCCAGCUGCAAAGCGAUCCGCACCGCAUAUUUCAGAUCUCGCACAGCGAGAAAACACGGCUCACCCGCUCCCAAAUGCUGCACAAUGCGGCUAAAGUCAGUGUGUAUCUGAGAGCUCAAGGCUUCGUCGGGGAAACGGACAUUGUGGGCCUGCUGGCUAGGAACAGCACGCACUUGGCAGCUCUGGCAUAUGGCUGCCUCUUCAAUGGCACGCCCUUUCAUGCCAUCAAUCCCAGCCUGGAGCAGAGCACCAUACGCCAUCUCUUUGACAUAACCAAGCCGCGGCUUAUCUGCUGCGACGAGGCGGACUAUGAAAAGCUGCGAAAUAUUGCCUCAGCACUGAAUGUUCCCAUUAUAAUCAUACAUGGACGCAUAGCGGGCGUCAUGAGCAUUCAGGAGCUGCUGCAAGCACCUAUUCCCGAGGACUAUAAGCCCAGCCAGUUUGAGCGUGGCAUCGAUCGCAUCAUGGCCAUACUCUGCUCCUCGGGCACAACGGGCACACCCAAGGCCGUAACCAUAUCGAAUAGCCGUCAAAUAUUCGAGAGUCAUAGAUAUCUGAAUAGCAACGACAUACAGUACGCGCCCAGCACCCUGGACUGGCUCACAGGCUUGAUCACCCUAAUUACGGCUGGGGUCUACGGCACAGUGCGCCUCAUAUCGCAGCAGGCCUUCAGUGCCGAGCACUUCCUAUCCAUGUGCGAGCAGGAGAGCGUCAGCUGGGCUGUGGUGGCCGCCUCGCAUAUCGCCAUGUUGGCCAAUUGUCCGGCUACUGACGUGCGCCAGCUGCGCAGUCUGAGGCACUUGCUCUUCGCUGGGGGCCACACGCUGGUGGCCACGCUGAACAAGAUGCAGAGCUACCUGCGGGGCGAGGGCAUCUUGCGCAAUGCCUAUGGCAUGACAGAGCUGGGCACCUGCGUCUCCUGUAACCACACAACCCACUCGAAGCCCAAGUCCGUGGGCCGCCUCCUGGGCAACAUACGCAUGCGCGUGGUCAGCGAGUCAGGUGCGUUGCUGGGUCCAAAUGAGCAGGGGGAGCUCUACUGCCACAACGGACAUCACUGGAAGGGGUAUUAUGGCAACUCUGCGGCCACAGCAGAGAUGCAGGACAAGGGGGGCUGGUUUCACACUGGCGACGUGGGCUACUUUGACGAGGAUAACUAUUUGCACAUCGUAGAACGCAAAAAGGACAUGCUCAAGUAUCUGGGCAUGAUGUACUAUCCGCAUGAGAUCGAGGAGGUCAUCGCCCAAAUGCCGCAGGUCGCCGAGGUCUGCGUCUUUGGCAUUUGGAACGAGACCGAAGGCGACGCAGCCGCUGCAUCGGUGGUGCCCAAGCCAGAUGCCCAACUGAGCUCCGCUCGGGUGAUCGCCUUUGUGGCCCAGCACAUUGCUGUCAAGUACAAACAGUUGAAUGCUGGUGCUCAGAUUGUGCCACAGCUGGCCAAGAGUGCCAACGGCAAGGUUAAUCGCCAGGCAGUAAAAGCUGCCUAUCUGAAAUCGGCUCAGAAAACGGAGCUGACUGAUUAA